AUGCGAGACGGGUCCAAACCAGGCCCGAGUGGAGGCUCAACCGGGCACGCGUUUGAAACAGACUUUGAAGGAUCUCCAGGUGUUGACGAUAGCUAUGAAGAACUAGCCUCCCUGAAAACACUGCUCCAUUUUCCAGAGGAAGUCGCUCUGAGACUUACUGAUACGGAAUAUAAGCUGUUUUACCAAGUUCCGCCAAUAGAUUACUUAAGACAGGUGACCUUGGACCUUGGAGGUGAAGGUCUGUUGGGGAGUGUGACGGAACGGCAGAUGAUAAGGAGACCGCCAGCUACUCAUCUCCCCCAGACAAAGAGUAGCGUACGGGCGCUAAUUCGAAGGUUCAACGAGGUGUCCGCCUGGGUGACAGACUUGGUCCUCAACCAGGGUUCCGUGGAGGAGCGGAAGGAAGCACUCGCUUGCAUUCUACGAGUGGCCCUCACGUGUUGGAAUAUCGGAAAUUUCAACGGCGCUAUGGAAAUCGUUGCUGGGUUGAAGUCACACAAGCUGAAACCCUUUUGGUUAAGCAUAUCCGACGAACCGAUUCCUGCCCUGGACUUCUUAUCAGCGGCUCUCCUUUCAGCUGAAUACGAACGAGCUCUGAGCAGAGCCUUGGCGAUGCCCGAGUGUAGAUUAAUACCGUUCUUUGGUGCCUUUUUGAGGGAGCUAAGAGAGAUCUUGGCAGCGACUCCCCCCCUAACGACCAGCCACUCCGUAGCUGCGACGCCAACACAUCGGCGGGACUUCAAACGAGAAUCAACUAAAGAAGACAGAGACAGCAGACGAGAAAGCAAUAAACGACCAGAACAGAACACCACAAGUCCUCUCAGGGACAGCAAACGGGAGACAAGGGUGGAACCAACUAGACAAGUGUACAUAGCCUCGUUCGACGAAGAAGGUGAACAGGCGUUUCGGAGAGUCGGUCCCGAAGGCCUCAUGAACUUGGAGAAAGUGUACAGAACCCAAGCUGUCAUGGACCACAUCGCCAGCUUCCACCAGCAUCGGCAUGCCUUAGCGAGGAUAUGCAACCCGGUCUUUGGGGAUCAUUUAAGAACAAUAAUCUCAGGAUGCGAAGAACCAGUUUUUGCCCAAUCAAGUCAGAAAACCGGGUCUAGUUUCGAAAACGAAGCUCUUUACGAGCUGGAAGGAAGUGGGUACAGCCCCGUCCAGCCGUUACCCCAUGACCAUGGUGUGACGAUGUUUCCGUUAGCGCCACAGAACGGAGAGAGGAUAGAUAGGCACAUAUUACAGAAAUUCCAAGUUAAUUUACUCCUACCUGCAGCGGUCCUACUUUCCCAGUUAUGCAACACGUCCCGUCCUAUCCUUGUAUAUCGGGGGUAG